GUGAGUUGUGCAGGGGAUAGAGUGGGAGAUCAACUGCACGUACGGCAGCUAGUGCGCGGCGAGAGCAGUCACUCAGCAUCUCUAGCCAGGAUCCAGGAGGGAAAAGUGGCCGCGGCUCUCGUUGCACAUGCAGUGCACAUGCGAUCGACGCCCGAUUUGUUUUUGUCCGCCCGUGUUGAGGCGGCGAUGACCGUGUCGGCGCCGCAGACGUGACAUGCUGGCCUACCAGAACCACCACAAAGCAGGGGGCGGCCGCCCCCUCACCGACGUCGGCCUCCACCUCAAGCAGUGCAAGCGUGUCGCCAAAAACAGACUGUUUGGUGUGCGCGGCGCCGCCGAGCGCGAGUGUCGGCGCCACGACGGCGGCGAAUACGCCGAGGACAAGCGCCUGUGCGGCAACACUGACACCCUGCCUGUCCAGAUGCUCAUUUCCGAAAAGGGACACCUCAACCACGGUCGGCUGGCGGUGUUCAUGCUGGGGUUAUUCACCCUGAUCGUCGGCAUCGUGCUCUCUUCGAUACCCUGGGUAGACUAUUUCAUCUACAAAAAUUUAAGGUUAUGGAAUGACACGAUCAGUUUUCACUACUGGCAAAAACCAGGCGUCACAAGACUGACCAAAAUUUACAUAUUUAAUGUUACCAACCCCGACGGGUUCCUCAACAAUGGCGAAAAGCCGCGGCUCAACGAAAUUGGGCCUUAUGUGUACAGAGAAAACAUGGAGAAGGUGAACGUAGUGUUCCACAAGAACGGCACCCUUUCGUUCCAGCACAGGAAAAUUUUGCAUUUCGUGCCCGAGCUGUCCGUGGGCGACCCGCACCAGAAGAUCGUGGUGCCCAACAUUCCCCUGCUGACGCUGAGCUACCUGAGCACCAGUUUGCCGAAGCUGAUGCGGCUCGGACUGAGUUUAGCAAUACGAACGAUGGGGCUCAAGGCGUUCGUCGAGGUCACGCCUGAGGAGCUGGCCUUUGGAUACGACGACCCUUUGGUCAUGCUGGCGAACAAGUUCUUCCCAAAGCACCGACGGCCCAUGCGGCUCAUGGGGCUCCUCUUGGGGCGUAACGGCACGCUGAGCGAUGUCUACAACAUUUUCACCGGCCACACCAAUAUGACCGAGUUUGGCCUCUACGACCGGCUGAAUGGACGCGCCGACCUACCCCAGUGGAAGCAGGCGCCGUGCAACACCAUCCGCCACGCCAGCGAGGGCUCCCUUUUUCCGCCAAAGUCCAUCACCAAAUCGGACCUGCUUUAUGUCUACGACAAAGACUUGUGCAGGGCCAUCCCACUCAGGUAUCGCAGUGACACGGCCAAAGACGGAAUUCUGGCCGGUCUUUACACUCCCGACGACGACACGUUAACUUCAGCUGCGGACAACCCCGAUAACAAAUGCUUUUGUCCUGAGGACGAAGACUGCGCCCCCGAAGGACUGCAGAACAUCAGUCCCUGCCAGUAUCAGGCGCCGGUCUAUUUGUCUUACCCCCAUUUCUACAAAGCUGACCCGAAGCUCCUGGCGGCUGUCGAAGGCUUGGAACCCAGCAAGGAGAAGCAUGGAACCUUCUUCAAGAUUCAGCCAAAAUUAGGUGUCACGUUAGAAGCAAGCGUGAAGGUGCAGCUCAACCUAAAAGUAGAAAAGCAGUCGUUCAUCAACGCAGUAGCCAAAUUCAGAUCCAUUAUGUUUCCGAUCAUUUGGGCUGAAGAGGGAGUGAGUGAAGUGACCCCCGAGAUUCACCGGUGGAUCUACCUGGCGACGACCUUCUCGGACAUCGCCGUGCCCAUCUUUUCGUACGGCAUGGCACUGGUCGGCUUCUUUGUGCUGGCGUGCAGCUGUGCCCGCGCCUACCGCAAAGUCAUCUUCAGCAAGGCCAACAUCGAGCGGGGCAAGGAAAAGUUCCGGCGGGGCAGCGAGUUCAUCAUCCACAACCAGCACCGACUCAUGAUUGUCCGCGAGUCGUACCUAUUGCUCGACCCCCCGCAACCCCGGCCGCUGCCCACCGCCGACCCGGCCGCCCAACCCUGCCUGUUCGCGCCACAGUGACACAGGGAAGACAAAAAGAAAGAAAACAAGGCUCUCACUGAAAUUGUCCAAGUGCUCUAAAUCAAACGCCAAACUUGUGGAGAAGAACUGCCAGUUUUGAAAUAUUUCUUGCAUUUUUUUUAGUUUAGAAAUACCUAUGUGCUUAGAAAUUAUUAGCGAUUCCAGUUGGAGGUUGAUUGGUUGUGAUAAAUCAUCUCGAUUUUAGUUAGUUUUCAAAGAGGUUCCCACUUUUAAGGUCAAGACUCAAAAUUUUAAGAUACGAAAAUUUGACCAGCGUUUAUUUCAGAUUCAUUAAAUUAGAAAGAAAUGAGGUUAGAACAACGCUCUUAAAAUUCCAUUUUCAGGCUUAAAUUUUCCGCCAAAUAUGUUUUUUACUUUUUAUAUAUACUUUUUUUAAACAUCUUAAUUUCAUUAUACUGAUUUUUUUUGUUCGAAGAUCUAGAUAAAAAUGCAGGUCGUGAAAUUCUUCAUUAAAUUAAAUUUAGAAUGUUUAUUACUUUUGAGCAAUUGAAUGAUUAUUUUUUAGAGUCCAAUUUGAAUAGGGAAAAACACGUUUCAUUUCAACAAUUUCAAGGACAAAGUUUUUCUAGAACUUGAAAUAACUCAAAGGCUUCCGAUAAUAAUAUUAAUAUUAUGAAUUUUUAAAUUUUCUCAAAAAUCAACUUAACUGUUAAGCUAAAUACAUUGACGUCAAAGUUCAUCAAACUUUAUGGGAAAUUUUAAGAACGAUUUUCUAAUUUGACUUAGCGAAUUCAAAAGAUUUUACAAUAAUUUUUAUCGUCCUUUAAAUUUGGGGUCUGAUAAAUCGUGUGAACAACCUCAUGCAGCCAACCUAUUUCUAUUUCAACUUAGUAAAAAUGAGAGAUUUUUUUAGCGACCAAUCGCCCUUCAAUGCUGUGUCAAAUCGCUUUUUAUUUCAAAAAAUUCUAAAAUUAUGAGCACCAUUUUAGGAGGAGUGAAGAGCCCUUGAGAAAUUUAUUUGACUGCGUUUUCUGCAAUCGCAACUUACAAAUAUAUACUUGACAUAUAUUACUCCAUGUUCCUAGAACAUUGUUUACACUCUUUUCCUUGUCAUAUUUCACGAUUUUCAAAAGAAACAUCAUUAAAAAAAUUGUUUUCGCGUACGUCGUCUUUUCUCACUUGCAAAUUCAAUCUUGAAUCGGUGCUCUUUCCCAAUUAUUGUUCUUGCAGCAGCGUCUGUGAUAAUAGUGUACUCUUGGUUAAAAGCAAGUCAACAAGAGCAGCAGUUGAAUCAUAAUAAAAAAUUCCAUUUGCUCAAAGUGUUGCAUUAUACAAUUAUAUACGAAAUACUGUUGUAAGGUGAUUAAUUGCUUGUUGACCCCCCAAUCAUACAUAUUUUUACCACCAUGCAUGUUUUGUUGAUCACCCUCCAAACAGCGUUCAACUUGUAAGCGCCUGGUUUGUUCGUUUUUUUUUCUUGGGAAAACUGGGCGCGCCAUCGAGUAACAUUUUAGGUGCAAUUUUAUAUCAGUGUGUAUGUGUAAAUAGAAGAAAUACAUAUUAUUUCUAAUAGUGAAUUUAUCUCAUCGAAUUCAUUUGUAUAUGUAAAUAAAUUUUUAUUAUAUCGCGCACGUGUUUUUCAACAAUGAGCUCAAUUUUUAUAACUGGACCAUAAUAAAUACACAGAUUAAUCCCCUUAAUAUGAUGUUUAUCUUUGC